AUUAACCAAUCAAAGGAAUUGUUAUAUACACGUCUAAAAUAAUGGCUGCCAACAUGAAGCAUCUGCUGAUUGCUGUUUCCAUAUUUGCUCUGUUCUGCAUUUGUUCGUCAGCCGUAAAGAAAAAGGAGGUUGACACAGUGGGUGAGAAAGUACAACAGCUAAGUGACUGGAACAAUAAGAAGUCCAUCAUUCGUCUCAAUGGCGAUAAGUUCAAGCAAUAUGUGAAAGCUGCUCCUAAGAACUACUCAGUAGUGGUGAUGCUGACAGCUUUACAGGCUCAGCGGCAGUGCUCAGUGUGCAGACAAGCCAAUGAUGAGUUUACUAUUUUGGCUAACUCCUGGCGUUACUCACAACAGUACUCCAACCGUCUCUUCUUCACCAUGGUCGACUACGACGAAGGAGCUGAUGUUUUUGCCAGUCUGAAGCUGAACACCGCUCCAGUCUUCAUGCAUUUCCCAGCCAAGGGUAAACCCAAGAAGAGUGAUACUAUGGAUAUCCACAGGGUUGGAUUUGCCGCUGAGCAGAUAGCGAAGUGGGUUGGAGAAAGAACAGACAUCCAGAUCCGAGUGUUCCGUCCCCCCAACUAUUCAGGCACCCUCGCCUUGGCCUUGCUGCUGUCUCUGAUUGGUGGUCUCCUGUACCUUAAAAGAAACAACCUGGAGUUCCUAUACAACAGAACCUUUUGGGGGAUUGGGGCCCUAUGUAUCAUCUUUGCGAUGACGUCCGGACAGAUGUGGAACCACAUCAGGGGUCCACCUGUCAUGCACAAAAAUCCACAUACAGGACAAAUCAACUACAUUCAUGGCAGUAGCCAAGGACAGUUUGUUGCCGAGACCUACAUCAUAUUUUUAUUAAAUGCAGCUGUGGUUGGAGGUUUUGUGAUGCUAAACGAGGCUAACAUGGUCAAGGGCGACUCAGGAAAGAAACGAAUUCUGGCUGUGGUGGGACUAGGCUGUGUAGUAUUCUUCUUCAGUUUACUGCUGUCUGUGUUUAGAUCUAAGUACCAGGGAUACCCCUACAGCUUCCUGUUCAAGUAAGAAGAGUGCUUUUGUGUAAAAGGAGAAAAUCAAACUGUGGUGUGAAAGUAUGGAGCAGCGAGAAUAUACUGUUACUGACUAGGGGUGAGGUCAACAGAUGUUUUCUGAACCUUAGCUAAAUUGCUGCCCCCAGCCUGUGCUAUUAGGCGACACUUUGGACUUGGGAUUCAAAAAAAUGUCUGUUAUUGGAAAUUCAUGUCAUCAACUGUUUUGUUACACUAUAAAGUUUGCCCCAAAAACAUUGUCCAGAUAAUAAAAAAUAAAAUCUUUGUAUAAUAAUGUAUAAUGGUCAAUGGUCAUCGCUAUGUAAAUUUCACCAUUUUCAUCCAAUAAAAUGAAGGCAAAUUUAACAAAGUAGCAAUAGUUUCACUACUUGUUACUGUAAACACAUACAUUUCCCCUGGUAUACAGUAAGUGUUUUUGUUAUAUGCUAAAAUAUGAACAGAAACAAACAAUUUAUUGUAUUGUUUCAAAUUGAAUGUGAAACAUGGAAAAUGUUUAGAAUUCCCGAUAGAUUACAAUAACCUAAAUAAGUCUAUUUGAAAAUAUUUUGAUGGCACUAAAAAUUGUUACAAAAUUUUUUUUGAAGAGAUUAGCAAUUAAUUGAUUCAGAAUUUGUUGGAGAGAAUAUUUAUGAAAAUGUAUCCUGAUACUGUGAGCAAGUUUUUUAAUGGUAGUCGAGAGUGUGUGAUUUAUAUUGUGUACACAUGAGGUGUUGGUCAUCUCUAUACAAGGAAGUUGGAUGUUGAGAGUAUUUGUACCGAGUUAAAUUGACAUAGAAGGAAUGACUGCUUUUCGUAUAUAUCUUUUUAACAGGAUUUUUGCAUUAAAUAUGAAAAUAGUGGGAUCACAUUGAGCAUAUUGUUUUGUGAAUGGAUUAUUUUGUUAUGGAUUAUUUUGUGGCUUUUUGGGUAUAUCACAUGAGGUAAGGGUUUCAUCUCCUCAGUAUAAACAUGCAGAACCUUAAGGAUUAUCAAGACUUUAAAGUGUUUCAUUGUGCCUUUGUAGCAUUGAUGAAUGCUGAUAUCACUUGGAUGGAAACAUGAUGUUAAUAAUUUAUAGACCUGUAAGGUUUACAACAGAUGUGAGAACAGGACACACAGAGUUAAUUAACACACAUUGUGUACAUACAAUGUAAUGUUUGUGUUACAUAAAAACUAUUUAUAUAAAUAUCCAGGAGUGAAGAGUUUCAGCAAAGGAGAUAAUAUUAAAAGUUUAUAAAAUCUUAAUGGCAAAGGUUCGGAAUGACUACAUAGGUCAUUUGUGCAAUGUAUGUAGGCUAAAACACUGCCUUCUAACUAGAGCACUCCGAGCUCUGUUUUAUUCUUUAUACAGUUGGCUCAGAUUUCCUAACUUCAGAAUAACUACAGAAUGAUAAAUCAGUAAAGUUCUUGUUGUUAAUUGGUUAAUCACUGUCUACCAACAGAUCUUUAUCGUUGAUUAUAUUUCUCAGUAAUUAACAUCAUAUACAGAUUGUCAAAAGUGACAGUGUUUAUAUUGAUGGUGUUAUUGUUAUGUAUUUUUGUAUGUCUUCAUAAUGUUUUCACUACAUCCACAGAAACAAAUUUUUGAUAUUUAUCAUAUUGCAUACUUCCUGGGUUUCGCUUUUACAAAAUGAAUGAUGAAAUCAUAAAACAUUAAAAGUUGUAAGGAGAAAACGAUGUGAUAAGAAGAUUGCUAUUUCUUUUACUGUGAGUUCUCAAUACAAUUUCUAUUAAAACAUCAAAGCUAUCUUAUUUUUACAAAAAGUAGAACUCUUUUAGAGUUGAAAUAUAUCAAGUAGCAGGUAUCCUUCAUAACUAUUUGGUAAGAUUAAUGGUAUAUAUAUAACAGUUUACAUCUUCAUGAGCCCUGAUAGAUAUGGCAGUGUUAGAACUAAAAUCGAAACUAUCAGGACAGUGUUUAACUGGAUGUUUGUUAGUAACGUUUUGUGUUGAUGUUGAAUGUGUUAAUUAAAAGUAUAUUAUUUUAUAUUUUGUUGAUUUUAGUAGAUAUAAUGUAAAUCUUUUGAUAUGUAUUUCCUGAUAGGUAUUGAAAUUGAAAAUAAAUUAAUCAUUUGACA